GCAAGAGAACAAAGGGGAUGAGCACCACUGGGUGCUGAGAGACGGGGAACUGCUUCCAGAGCCGCCGGGGCCCCAGCUCCCCCGGAACGUCACCCCCAGCGACAGCGGGACCUACCGGUGUGGGUACAGCACAGAGCUCCACGGGCACCACCUCCGCUCACCCCCCAGCGAGCCGGUGCCACUGAACAUCAAAAAUCCCCCUCCACAGCCAUUACUGAGUGUGGAUCCCCCGUCCGGAGUGGUGAGCGAAGGGCUCCCCCUGCUCAUCACCUGCAUGGCCCCUGGGAACACCAGAGAGAAGAGGUUUCACUUAUACAAGGACGGAGCUGAGAUCGUCUCUGGGGACACAGGGUCUGAGAUCAGCACCACAGAGCCCAGCACCGGCUCUAUGACAGUCUCUAUGCUCAGCAUCCUGCGAGCAGGUCCCAGCAACACCGGGCAAUUCAGAUGCGGGUACGAGGUGAACAUGGGCAGGAGGUGGAUCCCAUCCCCCAGGAGCCAGGCUGUGAACGUCACCGUGACAGCCUGGUCUCUGCCCAUCCCCCUGGUGGCUGGGUGCAGUGGGGCUGCCACGGCUCUGGCUCUGCUGCUGCUGCUCAUCUGCCUCUGCAGGAAGAAGAAGGCAGCUAGCCGCCGGCUCUCCAUGUCGGCCGAGAUCUCCGGGAUAAAUAUAUGUGGUGUCGCGGCAGAGACACA